AUGAAUACUUCCAGCCUCUCUUUGAGAAAGCGUAAUGGAAGAGACAAAUUCCCUGAAGGGUUCAGAAUCGAUGCCACCAAGAAUGAAGAGGAUGCCAAUAAAAUGUUCAUUGGGGGACUUUCCGAAGAACUAAACAAGCAAGUACUUCGGGAAUAUUUGUCUCAAUUCGGUGAGAUAAUAGAUUUUAUCAUAAAAAUAGACAAAAAGACCCGUCUGUCUAGGGGAUUUGGAUUUGUGCUUUUUAAAGAUAGUUCCACCGUAGACAAGGUGCUGCGAGUGAAAGACCACGAAGUGAAUGGCAAGAAAAUAGAAUGUAAAAGGGCUAAAGCCCUUCAUUCUCAAGUCUCCAUUAAAAAGGUUUUCCUAGGUGGGUUAAAUCCUCAGGUGUCUGAAGAAAAAAUAAGAGCCUAUUUUGGCACAUUUGGGCAGAUAGAGGCUAUUGAGCUUCCACUACAUUCAGAUACAAAAGAAAGAAGAGCUUUCGGCUUUAUCAAAUACAUGGAAGAAAACUCUGCUAGAAUGGUCUUACAAACCAGGUACCAUUUCAUUGACUCUAGCGGUUGUGAAGUUAAAACUGCACUCCCUAAACAACAUCCCGAAAGAAAACCCAGUAAAAGGAAGACUAGAGCUAAGGUUAGGACAAGAAACGCUGUUCCAGCUGCUGGCUUGGAAAGCCCCGGGGGAGGAGGAGGAGACAGCCAACUAACAGCUAACACAGAUGCUCAAAAAGCCAACCAAAACACCCACAGAGCUGGCCUAUAUACUUCCAGAGCAAACUCAAAUGUCAGUAUGGCAAAUGCCAGUUGUUUCAGCAAUACCCCCAAUACUUUCCAGGAAAACCCCAAUGCUUUCGUGACAAAUUCAAGGGCUUUCAGUGCAAGCCAUGAUGCUUUGAGGUCUAAUUCAAACACUGUAGGGAUAAGCAGCUAUACUCUAGAGACAAACUCAAAUCCCUUCUGGGAAAGCCAGUAUGCUCUUGGGGCAAGUCCGAAUGCCUUCGGGACAAGCCAGAACACGUUAGGAACAUGCCCAUAUGCUUUAGGAGUAAAUCAGUAUGCUUUGGCGGCACACCUAAAUGCUUUCGGAGUAAGCCAAUAUGCUUUGGGGGGAAACUCAAAUGUCUUCUGGACAAACCAGCAUUUUUUGGGAACAUACCCAAAUGCUUUCAGAGAAGACCAGUAUACUUCUGGGACAAACCCAAAUGCUUUUCAGACAGACCAGUUUAAUUUGAGUACAAACUCCGCUGCCUUCAGGCCAAACUACUAUGCUUUUAUGGCAAAUUCAUAUGAUACCAGGACAAGUUACUCUGCUUUCAGAACAAGCCAAUAUCCUUUGUGUGCAAACCCAGAUGUCUUUGGGGAAAGUCAGUAUGCUGUGGGAACAACCCAAAACGUGUUUGGAGCAAAUGACCAUCGCUUCAGAGCAAAUGGAAGCUUUUCUGGGGAAGCUGGAAGUAGUGGAAGCACUGAAGGAUUUAAUUGCGUUCAGAUGUACAGCAAUUUCCGGAAUGUCUACAACACUGUGCCUGCUUCCCAUGGCUCGAAUGAUUAUUAUCUGUACAACUAUGGGACUUAUCACUUGGGAUCAGCAUCUAAUUACAAUGUGCAAAUAAACCAGUCCACUCUCCUUGGUAAUGGUUACCCCGACAUUUAUUCAGCAUUUUGA